CACAGUUGCUGACAAGACUCGCAACCAUGGAAUCACCACCGCAACCACCACCACCACCAGUAUCUCCGUCUCUCCUCCGUCGUCUAAUCCACCUCGACACCACCGUCUCUCUCCACCUCUACACUCUGACGCAACCCAUCCUCCCGUACACCCUCCUCAAAACCUUGGAACUCUCCGGUGAUGGGCGAUUCUUCUUCCCCUUGACCCUCUCCCUCCUUCUCUCUCCUCUCUCCACCACCCAAUUUCCCUUCAUCCUCAACCUCCUCCUUGGCCUUCUCUUAGACCUCCUCGUAAUCGGCCUCCUCAAACACCUCGUCCGCCGUCCUCGACCCGUCUACAAUAAAAACAUGUUCCUCACUUUCUCCGUCGACCAUUGGUCCUUCCCCAGUGGCCACUCCUCUAGAGUUUUCUACAUUGCCACUUUCAUAUUCCUAAAUUCGAAAUUCGUCGAAGAGGUUUUGAUUCAAUUGAGGUCUAAUCGUGUUGGUGGGUAUUUUUCAAAUGAAUGGAUAAGCAAAAAUUUGUUCUAUUUGAAUGAUGAGGUUAAAAUGGUGAAUUAUAUUGUUGCCAUUGUUGGGUUGUGGGCUAUGUCGACAUCAGUCUCUAGGGUUCUUCUGGGGCGGCAUUUCGUGUUUGAUGUGGUUGCUGGUGCGUGCUUGGGUGUUGCUGAAGCUCUGAUUGUGUUUCAGGUUUUCAAUUAUGAGACCUUGAGAUCGGUUUUGUGGUGAUGAACUGCCUAGCCCUUUUUGGGAUGGAAAUUGGGCGACAAGGUUGCAACUGCACGAUAUGCUCAAUAAUCCACAUCUAAAAUUAAGGAAAGCCUCAUGGAAUCUUGCCCUUAUCAAAUCUGUGCUUGUGAAUAUGUUUGGAGGAAGACAGGAACUUGUAACUGAUUGGAUAAACUUGGGUAACAAUAGGAGCCAUUGGGCUACACACAUGUUCAUGGCUGUUAAUCUUAGUUUACUACAUGCUAGUGAGCGCAUAUUGUUAUAAUGUCUUGACUAGUUGUGCUUAUUUCACAGUUACUUAUAUCAAUUGAUUUAUUUUUUGGAAUUAAUGCUGCAAGGGAAUCUACCAUCUGGGAAUUUUGAACUUGAAUCAUACAGUGUGUGCAUAAACUUCUACCCUUCUAUUGAGGUUGUUUAGACAUUAGUUACAUUGAGAGAAAAUUAACUAAGAUGGCUUAAUCAUAAGCAUAAAACGAAUUUAGGAAGAGUCACAGGGCAUACAUAGACUAUAAGUAUAAUGCAUGGGAAAAGAGAAGAGAGAAUUUGAUGUGGGUUAUAUUGAGAA